AUGUCAGCCAGAAAGGGCUAUCUGCUCUCUUCGCCAAAUUAUUCCACCACGGCCAUGGCAUGCUCGGAGAGCCCCGCUGCAAACUCUUUUUUGGUGGACUCCUUGAUCAGCUCAGCCUCGAGCAGAGGGGAAGGCGGAGGAGGAGGAGGCGGGGGCGGCGGAGGAGUUGGAGGAGGCGGAGGCGGAGGAGGCGGCGGCGGCGGCGGCUACUAUCCCAACAACAGCGGUGUCUACCUGCCACAGGCGUCCGAUCUGUCCUAUGGGCUGCAAAGCUACGGGCUUUUCCCGGUCCUGAGCAAACGCAAUGAAGGCCCUUCUCCAAGCGUGGCGGCGGCUUCUCACGCCUACAUGUCAGGGAUGGAAGUCUGGCUAGAUCCCCCCAGGUCCUGCCGCCUGGAAGAGCACGAGAGCCCGCAGGCGACCUCCUGCUCCUUCGCUCCCAACAUCAAAGAGGAGAGCUCCUACUGCCUCUAUGACGCCGAGAAGGGCCCCAAAGAGGCAGCGGCCACCGACUUGUCCGUUUUCCCAAGGCUGAGCUCGGAGGUCUGCUCCAUGAACAACGUGACAGCCGCCGGGGUGCCCGUCCCAGGCUACUUCCGCUUGUCUCAAGCCUACGGUACUAGUAAGAGCAGCGGCAGCAGCAAUGGCAGCAGCUACAACAACAGCAACCACCACCAUCAACAUCAUCACCAACAGCAGCAGCAGCACCAUCCGGGGCAGAUGGUAGUUCCUUCCCAGUUCGCCCCGCAACCUCAAGUGCGCUUUGAAACUCCGCCAGCGUUGACUCCUGCAGUCCCACCGCCGGAUCCGGGGAGAAAAGACAGCGAGGAUUCAUCCCCACCAAGCACCUUGGCUUGCGUGGCCCAAAGGGGUGAGGAAGAAGGGCAAGCUUCCUCUUCGGCCCCCGAAGAACUCUCCCCGGCUCCUUCAGAGAACAGCAAGCCCUCUCCAGAGAAGGAAACGCUAGGCAAUUCAAAAGGAGAGAGCGCAGCCAGUUGGCUCACCGCAAAAAGUGGCAGGAAGAAGCGAUGCCCUUACACCAAGCACCAAACUCUCGAGCUGGAAAAGGAGUUUCUGUUCAACAUGUACCUGACUCGUGAGCGUCGCCUAGAGAUCAGCCGCACAGUCCACCUAACAGACAGACAAGUCAAAAUCUGGUUUCAGAACCGCAGGAUGAAACUGAAGAAAAUGAACAGGGAAAAUCGAAUCCGGGAGCUCACAGCCAACUUCAAUUUCUCCUGAUGAACCCUAGGCACGCAACUUGAUGGUUUAAACAGCUAGGACGGUUCCACCCCCCCCUCCUCACCCACCGGUCUCCUCCCCACCCCCUAAGCCUCUAGCUACUCGCACCUGUGUGGGUUCAAGCCUUUCAAUUACAUCCUCAGCCUCUCCAUGGCCUCUUGGUAAUUGAUUUCGUUGGGAUGAAGCCAUAACUGAUGCACACUACCCCAUCCAUGUCCGCUACUGCCCUCAGUGCAUUCUCGGUUCUGGAAAGUCUGGCGCCGAGGGGGGGAAAAGGGUUUUCAGAACCCUAGAUGCCUAUUGUCCCCCCCUUCUCAACACCCCCUCCUCAAACUCCAUUUUCAGAAAAUUGAGCCAAAUCAGAAUGAAGGCAACUGGCGUUCUCUCCCACCGCACUGUAGUGAUAGCUGGUGUUUUGGAUCUGGGCCGAGGAAGUUUUGAAUAAUUAAAAUCUGGCCACGCCGCUGCUUAAUAGGAAGCAUGCUUCUAGCCGAUCCAGAUAAAAUCAGGUUAUAUAAUAUGGCGUCAGGAGCCAAGGCUGGCGCACUUAUAUGUUUGCUUGUGCCCAAUCCCCCGCGUACUCAAAAAAAUCUAUAUUUAAUACGUAUUACAACUUUUAAAAUUGCCACGAAAAUGAUACCUCUUCCCCCUCCUCCCCCCUUCCCCCCCCAAAAAGGAGAGAGGAAAGUCUUUGUCUCGCUUUAUUGGCUAAAAUCUUACACUUUCUGGUUGUAGGUAAUGACUUGAGGUAGUUUUUGCUUUGGAUACCUUUGGGUUACCGCUAGUUACGCUUGGCAAGCACAUGAAAGGAAGGAAGGAAGAAAUCUCCUCGCUUUGGAGAGGAGAAACGACUUUGUCCACGGAGAGGUGUGUUAUUCUAUGUAUAUUGGACCACCAGAAGAAUUUUUUUCCCUGUCUUGACUGUGGGGGACAGCAAGGGAGAUAAAAGUUUUUUCCCUGGUUUCCUUGAUACUGUGAAGUUACAUGCGUUGAAAAGGUCAGGCGUGUAGUGCAAAGAGAAGUUUUUUUAAAAAAGAAAAAAUAUCUAUGAAUACAGAAUAUGUAUAAAUGUCUAUUAAUAUUAAUAUUAUUAAUAUUAUUAAAAUGCCGAUACUGUUGCAAGCAAAGCAUUCUGUAGCGUUAUUCUCGAUGUUAGCUCUAUCUCUCGUCCAUCCCCUCCUUACCUUAAAACCAAUUAAUUGUAAUGCUGCCCUGCAUGGAAGUAAAGCAACACACACACACACACACACACA